AUGGAUUUACCGCUUUGCAUCUAUCCGCGUUCAAUAAUCAUCUUGACAUUGCGAGGUGUCUUCUGUUGUCGGUAUGUGAGCUAAAUAUCCUUGAGGAGUUCGAUACAUGCGCCGCCAAGUGAUCAGCAAUUUUGACCAUUUAACGCAUGCCCAUGCAGAACUCUUGUUUAAAACAACUUCGACGGGAAGUCCAAAACAAUGAGAAAAAGCGAGAACCUCACUUGAGUAGGGAGGAGAAGCGUGACGUAACGUUACCAUGGUAGCAAAAUAGUUUGAAUCUCGACAAUCUUUCUUGACAGAGACCGCCCAUUGUCGAACGAUGGAAGAAAAGUAUGGGCUACCGUUUUGUGACUGAGAGCAAUCACGCACAGGAAAUUCAUACAAUACAUGUCAAUUUUUUUCGUUUUUUUUCUGACAUAUUUGCAGGACCAAAAAUUUUGCUACCAUGGCAACGUGGCGUAACGACUUUUCCUCUCUAUUGGCCCCCUUCUAACAUUGAUGCUAAUAUGUCGGUCUUAGCUUAUCCUAGUAAUCUUAGGGUCUGUUUUAAUUUUGCGUCACAAACUUCCCCAUUCAUUUUUUUAUGGUGUUUUUAUCUUUUAAUUGUAGCUUUCUUACGUCUUUCAUAUGAACCAUGGUAGCAUUGCAAUGUUUGGAUUUUCUAUCGUUCUGACGUACCAUUUUAUUAAUUAUUUAUUUUUUUAACUGAAAAGCCCGACGAUGUAUUGGUGAGGUAAAGUGUAGACUAACAUUCAAUUAGUUAUAAGGGAGGGGUAUCAAUAAUAUACUUUAUAAUAUUAGGUAUAAAAUAGGUACCCUGUGUAAGUCUAUCAAGGCGUGUGGGGGUUGAGGAUUAGAUUUCCUCUGUCGCGUAAUUUUUACCUGCGUUUGCACGUACAUUUUCUGACUUGCGUAAACAAUAUAUAGGCAAUGUAUGGAAGGCCGCGCGUAAACGAAAAAGUUGCGCGAGGUUCAACUCUUAAGGUGAUGUUACACGGGACGAUUCGCAACGACGAUUUUUAGAACAACACAGCGCUGCGAUGUUGGAACAAUGUUGUAACCAUUCGAAACAAUGUCGCAAUAAUGUUGCAACGCUGUGUUGCGCUAAAAAUCGUCGUUGCGAAUCGUCUCGACUAAUAUCUCCUUUUCGUUUAUGCGCAACCUUGCAUACAGUAUAUUUCGUUUUCGCACGUAAAUUUUACGCACGCACAUAAAAAUUACGUGACAGUGGAAAUCCUCCCUGAAGGUUUGGAUUUCCGUACGUGCGCGUAAAUAAAAUAAAGAGAGUGUAUAGAAGGUCACGGGUAUACGUUAAAGUUGAACCUCCUGGCCUUCCAUACAUUGCCUCUAUUUCAUUUACGCAGGUAAAGUUUAUGUGCGAUCGCACGUUAAAAUUUCGCGACAUUGUAAAUCCACCCAGAGGGAGUAAUACUCGGCUCUUAGCGCACCUUUUUACGUGGUUGAUAAGUGGCCUCUCACGCAGUUUUGUUUGUAACUCCAGGGCCAUUGUGAUAUCAAUUUACGAAACAACAAGAGACAAACAGCCCUGGCGCUAG